GCCGGUGGGAAAGUUCCAAAAGUAUCUGGCAGGAGUCGCUAGGUGGCGACCUUGCAUGACGUCAUAGGUCAUUUCUGACGGAAAAAUCGGCAAGUCCGGGAAUAGCAAAAUUAUUUCCUGUUGAACCAUUUGGGCGUUAAGAAGUGUCUCCAGAAUGGCCGGCAAGUACAAGAUUGUGAUGGUGCGCCAUGGUGAGUCGGAGUGGAAUCAGAAGAAUCUCUUCUGUGGCUGGUUCGAUGCUGAUCUGAGUGACAAGGGGCGCGAAGAGGCCAAAUCAGCUGGUCAGGCCAUCAAGGAUGCCGGUCUUAAAUUUGAUGUAGCUCAUACAUCCCUCUUGACCCGUGCUCAGAAUACCCUGGCAUCGAUCCUGCAGGAGAGUGGUCAGACGGGUAUUCCUAUUGAGAAGACCUGGCGUCUCAAUGAGCGUCACUACGGUGGUCUUACUGGACUCAAUAAGGCCGAAACUGCAGCCAAAUAUGGAGAACAGCAGGUACAGAUCUGGAGACGCAGCUUCGAUGUGCCUCCGCCACCAAUGGAGCCCGAUCAUCCAUACUACGAUAAGAUUGUCAAAGAUCCUCGCUAUGCUGGAGAUCCCAAGCCUGGAGAGUUCCCAAUGUUUGAAUCCCUUAAGCUCACUAUUGAACGCACUCUACCCUACUGGAACAGCGUUAUUGUGCCCCAGAUGCAGGCUGGAAAGAAGAUCAUCAUUGCUGCCCAUGGAAACAGCCUCCGGGGCAUCGUUAAGCACCUUGACAAUAUGAGUGAUGCUGCCAUCAUGGAGUUGAAUCUUCCAACAGGUAUCCCCUUUGUCUACGAAUUGGACGAAAACCUCAAGCCUGUGGUGUCCAUGAAAUUCCUGGGUGAUGAAGAGACUGUCCGGAAGGCCAUGGAGAGUGUGGCCGCCCAAGGCAAAGCCAAAUAGAGAAUCACUAUCAGCACCCGCCGUAUUUAUCAUAUUUAUUCGAACGAGGAGAAUCGUUGUAAAAUAAUCCGGUGAACUAAAUGUGAAUUAAAUUGCAAUUGUUGCGCCUAAAUUUA